AUGAAUAUAUUCAGAUUAGCAGGGGACAUGACCCAUUUGGCUAGUGUCCUUGUUUUGCUCCUUAAGAUCCACACUAUCAAAUCCUGUGCUGGCAUUUCACUAAAGACUCAGGAACUCUAUGCUCUUGUUUUUGCCACUCGCUACUUAGACAUAUUCACUCAUUAUGUCUCGUUUUAUAAUACCGUGAUGAAAUUGAUAUUCCUGGGAAGCUCAUUCUCUAUUGUUUGGUACAUGCGACGCCACAAGUUGGUUCGGAGAUCUUAUGACAAGGACCAUGACACAUUUCGGCAUUUUUUUAUUGUGCUGCCCUGCCUAGUUUUGGCCCUGCUUAUACAUGAGAAGUUUACCUUUACAGAGGUAAUGUGGACAUUCUCCUUGUAUCUGGAAGCGGUUGCCAUAGUUCCUCAACUAGUAUUGUUGCAGAGGACAAGAAAUAUUGACAACCUGACCGGACAAUAUGUCUUUCUCCUAGGGGCAUACAGAGCACUGUACAUAUUAAACUGGGUUUAUCGUUUCUUUACAGAGACACACUAUGUCCAUUGGAUAACUUGGAUAUCAGGAAUUGUUCAGACACUGUUGUAUGCUGAUUUCUUCUAUUAUUAUUUCCAGAGCUGGAAAAACAAUGUGAAGCUUGAGUUACCGGCUUGA